AUGCCCUCUGUACCUACCUGGCAUGCAAGUAAACGCUCUCCCACCGCUCCGGUCCAUCCUCGAUAUUAAAUGGUUACUUUUCGCGCCCAAUUUCACGCCAGCAAUCCCAUAAAUACGUGGUUUUACUCUGUACAAAAUUUCACAUCUCCCGCCCCUCUCGAUUUUCAAGGUCUUGAUUGCCCUUUGGUACCCGACGAGUAGGGAUGCAAUCUGUCCCGCCGGUUAGUCCUCAUUACCUUGCCCGAAUAACCUCAUCGCUUACCUUUGAUUAGUUCACAUAACUACAUCAAAAUUCAUGAACAAGAGCUCCAUCCUCUUUGCCUCAUCAACCAAUUCCGGUCCUGGCCUGAUCAGCACUGCGCUUCGAGCAUCAGAGGUUCUUCUCCACGCUCCCGUACAACGUGCGGUUGCAUUCACUGAGGCCCGCUACCUCGCGUAUCAAGAGUCACAUCGUCAUCUGAGUGUAUCGACCUUUGAUGCGUUGAAAACCUGUGGCAACAGUUCACACAUACGACCACAGCGUAUUCCUUCACGCUUGCCUUCUGGAUAUGCUUUCCAGAGUAUAAACGUGCCAUGGAUGUUUCCGGGCUUUUCGUCGCCGAUGAUAAGCAACCUGACGAUGACAACAUCUCCAUCAACUCCACUCUCGCGUCUGAACACGAUUCCGAUGAGGAAUGGCUGGUAGAGGGUAUCCGCGCUCAGAGUCGCGAAGGCGGGAGAGACAAAUUUUUGGUAGAGUGGACCGGUUACCCUAUUGAAGAGGCCACAUGGGAGCCUGAGGAAAAUGUGACGGAUGAGCUACUUGGGGAAUGGAAAGACACUCAAGCAAAGCAAGCUUGUGGAAAGGAGAAGCCGUUCGACAUUGUCGCCUGGCAAGAAAGCGUGGUCAAGCGUCAAGAGGACAAAUACCAGCGGCAUCACCAGCGCAAUGUUGAACGGAAAAAACGAGGUAUCCAGCUUAGGCUAUGGGAAGGCGAAACCAAAGCGGAUUACUAUCUCAGCGACGAAGACGUUGGGGAGGAUGAUUACAACGCCGUGUUUCCCCCUCCAAAGAGUGUGGGGCGAAACGAAGAUGCGUUUCAUUCUGAUACUCAACCCUCCAAGAUCACCCCUAAGCAGGAGGUCGCAGAGAAACCAAUUCCUCAGAAACGGGCUUCAGCGACAGAGAAACCAAAAUCACCAACAAGAAAGGCACAAUCCAGCUCCAGCCCUCAGCCACGCUCACAUCCACCUUCAGCGCAGGCAGCGGUGACUGGAUAUCAAGGAACAGCAAAGAAGAAGCCUCUCCCGGGCAGGGUAGUCAACAAUGCGACAACCAGCCGGUUGCCGAAUAACGCGACAGCAACUGCGCGGACCACUCACAGGGCCAAAAAGACUGCUGUGAGCUCUAGGACAAUGGUCAGAUCACAGAACAGCGGAACGGGCAUCAAUGUCUUCGCGGCCGGCAAGCAAUCAAAGCAGCGCCGUCAACUCGUACAGAACGUGGCCGAUCCUAACAAGGAUGCUCGUCUUUUCUCAAAUCACCGACUCAGGAGAAAAGCUGAGUUACAAGGUCGUGAGAAAGCGGACGUGGCUCCCGCGGCAGUCCCAACGAAGCUAUUCAGCAUCAGCCGCGGGCCUCCUCCUGGAACCACUACCGGUACAAACAUCAAUCCGAGUACCAAUACCACCGCUAGCACCCCUCGGUCUGUACUGAAGCGCUCAGUCGAUGAUCUCUCGACGAGGUCAGCCAGUGAGUCCAGUAUGGCAGCGUCGGAGAGGGCGGGGGUGUCACACCCUCAAAAUCUCGGUCAGCCCCAGGCUACUCAGCCAACGACCAAGAAAAGGAAGUCCGUUCAGUUUGCAGACGUUCCGCUUGUCGAUGAGCCAGAAGAGAUGGACGUGGACUACCCGACUGCUCGGCCAAAAAGACUCAAGUCGCCCCCAUUGUCUUCGGAUCCGUCACAGUCUACUCAACCGCCUGCUAAGCCUCAGUCUAUCCUUCGCAAGUUGUCAAUAACAGACUACAAGUCGAGCAGCACAGGCCAAAACUACGACAAAACAGUCGUUUUGGGUCCUCAGGGAAGCAAGGACAUUGAAAUGACAUUUGAUAACGUUAGAGCCGACUCUGACGCUUGGCAUUCUCAAUUUGUUGACGAGAAACUGCUGCAUUUCGCCAGAAAUUUCACAGCCAAAACUUUUGCUUCUCAAAGGGCAAUUGUUAUUGAAAGGGUACUCGCAAAUGGAAGCGGUCGUUUGGGGUUGCGUGCUUCUAUGAAGACUUCCUCAUCGUCAUUUACCCAGCUGAGUGUGAAGAUUGGAAGCAAACAAUGA